AUGAAACCCAAUUUCACGAAGGUGUUGAAGGUUGAUGAAACUAGCAGACGGUGGAUGAAACUGAUUUUCGGAUGGUUUCUGAUGAAUCUGCUACUGUUGAUGGUUAGGAGACGGUGGAGGAAAUCGAUUUCUGAUGGUUUUUGGUGUAGGGAAACAGUGGACGAAUUUGUUCCUCUUCUAGUUUGUGAGAAGAUGAAGAAGAAGGAUGUUGGCGGUUUUCAUCUGAAGAGAGAAGGAGAACGUGGUUUUGUUGAGGAGACGGAGAACGUGCAGUUACAAAAAGGAACUGAAGGUGUUGAAGCAGACCAAGCUGAAUUUCAGCAUAGGGUUGCCAAUGUUCGUGUAUUCAAACCAAAAGAGCUUAUGGUCGUCACUGAUGCGUUCGAUCCAGGACGCGAUUUAGGUCAAGGAACAUUUGGACGUGUGUAUAAGGGAAUUCUCGAAGAGGGACAGGAAGUUGCCGUGAAAAGGUAUGACGGGCAGGAAGAUUUGUGGCCGGAGGUUCGGAUGCUCAGCUGCAUCAAGCAUCCUAACCUCAUCAAGAUGAUUGGUUAUUGUGAUAAAGGGGAAGAACAUAUUAUUGUUUAUGAGUUUAUGUCAUUACGAUCGUUGAAUCUUCACAUACAUGACCUUAAACCUGGAAAAAGGCCACUAGACUGGAAGACUAGGAUGAAGAUAGCACAGGGUGUUGCCAAAGCUUUAGAGUAUUUGCAUGAUCAAAAUGAUCCUCCUAUAAUUUAUGCUGGCUGGAAAAACACGGGUGUAUUGCUCGAUGAAAAUUACAAUCCAAAGCUGUCAAAUUUUGAGUGUGCAAAAUAUGGUCCUACUGGGGAUUACAGCACGCUCUUUUCCAAGCUGCGAUACGGUUAUACUGCUGGUUCCGAUAUAUGUAGGACUGGCACACUCACUUUGAAAUCUGAUAUCUAUAGUUUUGGUAUUGUUUUGCUCGAGUUGAUCUCUGGGCGGAAGGCUUGUGAUAUAACCAAACCCCAUAAAGAGCACUUUAUUCAUGCAUGGGCACGGCCGUUACUCAGUGACAGUGAGAAGUUCCCAGAAAUAGCUGACCCACUCAUGAAAGGACAGUAUCCAUAUCGUGAACUUGUCCAAGCUCUCGAACUUGCUAAAAUGUGUGUAGAACGAGAUCCUCACAAAAGACCCCGUAUAGCAGAAGCUGUGACUGUUCUGUCAAGUUUACGAAGAAGCACACACUAG